GAAAUAAUAUAAACUCGUUACCAUGAACUUUACAGUGUCAAUGUGUAUUUUAUUUGCUGUUAUUAAUUUUCCUUCGAUACAUUCAGAUAGAAGCUGUAAAGGGCCCAAUGAACAUUACGCUUGCGGUAGUGCUUGUCAAACAACAUGUGAAAAUUUAGGCGAAACGUGCCCUAUAGUGAAUAUCAGAUGCAAUGAUGAUUGCUUCUGCAAUGAUGGAUAUGCUAGAGACGACGAUGGUAUUUGUAUACCACAAAAGAAAUGUCCUCCAAAAGAUUAGUGAUAAGUGAUAAUAAUAAACGAUAAUACAACUACUAUUUGUUUUGAAUUUAAUAUUAACUAAUUAUGUAUUCUUCCAAUUUGUUAGUUUUCAACUUACUUUUGUAAAAAUCAGGCUUUUUCAUAUAAAUCUUCAACUACUUCA